UUUUUUUUGCCUCUUUCGUCACCCCACCCCAACCUAGAAAAAGGACAAUGGACCUCGCCCAUCGCCACCAUCGAGUAGUGCAAGGCACUCACAUUUACGGACUUCAGACAGAGGCUGCAUCCACACCAUAUGAAAUGGCAAUGGAAACACAGCGGAUCCCUCGAACUCUUGGGCCAAGUUUCGGGUUACAGGCCUCGACACUCAACCAGUCUGCUGCCCCUAGCCGGUCCGUAGAACAGCCGUGGCCGAAGCGCGUUCUGAGUGAGAUAAGAGACCUGCUGCUUCUCCUCAGCCCCGAUGGCAGAGUAAUGUAUGCCUCCCCGUCAUGCAAAUUCGUCACGGGCUUCGACUCUGCGCAUUUGGAACAGAACCUUCUCUCGCGAUUUAUUCACGAUGACGACAAAGCGGUGUUCACACGGGAAUUAGAGGAGUGUAUGGCGGUGGCCCGUCCCCUCCGGUGCCAUGUCCGUAUCUACAAAUUCGACAACUCGUCGUGUCUCCUAGAAGCGCAUGGCCAUCCACAUCUAACACCUAUCAACGCCGCCGGUAAUCAGAGACAGCUCUGUCAUGGAGUUUUCGUCCUUUUUCGACCUUACCCCACGCGUAGCUCCCAGCUGCUCGACUCUUUCUUGGAACACAAGGUCGAAAAUAUCCGGCUAAAAGAACGCAUCGCGCAACUAAAAGAGGAGGAGGAGGAAGACCUAAACGCCGCCCAGCAAGCGAAGCAAGCAUCCUCAACGAUCACAAGCUACCCAGUCGCCCAGACCACUCAUCAGGUCUUCGCUCCAUCUGGUCCGAGCAACUUCGCCUCCCUCCGGGACACAUCAACAUCCGGGGAAGAGAACGAAUCCUCAGACACGCUUGACAACGUGAACGAACCGGAUUCACAACCUCUCCUCGACCAAGCCAUCAGUCGAGCCGUCGCCCAGGGCGAGGAUAUGUCGCAUAUCGAUGGAAUCGAACUCAUGACAGGUCUAUUUUACGGCGACGGAGAGAGAUCCCAGGGUAUCAGUACUGGUAUCCGCCAUGGCCGUCUCAUCCAGUGCACCGGUGUACCCUCUAAUCCAACCCUGAUCGCCACGGACGGAGAAAGAAGAAAGAGAUUAAAGGGAGAAUAUAUGUGCACUGACUGUGGAACAGCAGACUCGCCCGAGUGGAGAAAAGGUCCUGAGGGACCCAAGACUCUAUGUAAUGCUUGUGGAUUGCGAUGGGCCAAAAAGGAGAAGAAACGUCAAGACGCACCCUGAUUCUCCAUUGUAUACCCACCCCUCUACGUGUCUGUUCCGACACGUUAUUUUGCUGGUUUUUUUUUAUGUCCUGUUUUCUCCUUGCGAGGCUUGAGUAAUGAGGGGGUCGAAACCGAACCAUCGGAAACUGCCGUUAUACCCAUGCGCUUUAAUCUUCCAAGCGUGAUUCUUUUUUUUUCUUCUUCUUUGAGUUAUAUAGGGGCUGCCCGUGGGUUCUCCUAUUUACAAUUUGGCCUGCCGAAAUUUAGGUAAGAGGUCAAUACAAUCACUUAAUUUUUGCGUGGUAUCUUUUGGUGUACUAUGUAUGGUUAUCCUAAAUCAGAAAGCUUUUUAAGUCAGUGAUUUUUAAAAAUGCGUUGGAAA